CACGAAGAAGAAGAACUGGGGCAUAAACUCACAAAUGGGCACAGGCUAGUUACCGAGGCAGGUGGGUGCCCGGUCAGCUGCAAUGCAGGCGAGAAGCUUCAUUUAAAUCUUCACGUCUAACGCUGUCAUGGUUGUGACGCAAACUCCACGGCUAGCCGCAGAUAAAUAACGCAGCAGCUCGUGGUUGUUUUUUCUUUUUUUUUUUUUUUUAAUGUAUAUUAGCUAAGUGUAGCUAACGCGGAAGGCGUCUUCCUGCAGCGCAACCAGUGAUUAUGGUGACGGGUUUAAUGCCCUGCGCCUUGUAGAAGGGAUUUCCUCCAGAUUUAAGGAUGUCUAAACGCCUGCGAAACGCCGAGUCGUGCGCCGAUUGCGGCGUCCCAGAGCCUCGCUGGGCCUCCGUGAACAGAGGGGUGCUGAUUUGCGACGAGUGCUGCAGUGUUCAUCGAAGUCUCGGCAGGCACAGCUCCCAAGUCCGUCACCUGACGCAUUCCCCGUGGCCUCCAACGCAGCUUCAGAUGGUGCAAACGUUAUACAACAACGGUGCAAAUUCAAUAUGGGAGCACUCCCUUCUGGACCCUGCAUCUGUUGUGAUGAGUGGAAAACGUAAAGCCAGUCCUCAAGACAAACUUCACCCAAACAAAUCAGAGUUUAUUAGAGCCAAAUAUCAGAUGCUGGCGUUUGUCCAUCGUAUGCCGUGCCGUGACGAUGACAGCUCUACAGCAAAGGAUUUAAGCAAGCAACUUCACUCCAGUGUGCGCGCAGCAAAUCUUGAGACUUGUUUGAGGCUGCUGUCCCUGGGAGCACAAGCAAAUUUUUUUCAUCCAGAAAAAGGAAACACUCCUUUGCAUGUAGCUGCGAAGGCAGGUCAAGUAUCUCAGGCUGAACUGCUGGCUGUUUAUGGGGCUGAUCCUGGAGCUCUAGACAGCAAUGGCAAAACUCCCAUUGACUAUGCAAGAGAAGCUGGUCACUAUGACAUGGCCGACCGGCUGGUGGAGAUUCAGUAUGAGCUCACUGAUCGACUGGCGUUUUAUUUAUGUGGCAGAAAACCAGAUCAUAAAAGUGGCGAGCACUUCAUCGUCCCCCAGAUGGCUGACAGAAACGUCAGUCCAGAUUUAACAGAACUCGCAAAAGCAGCAAAGAGAAAACUACAGUCGCUCAGCAAUCACUUAUUUGAAGAGCUGGCCAUGGACGUGUAUGACGAAGUGGACAGACGGGAGACGGACGCAGUAUGGUUGGCUACGCAGAAUCACAGCACCCUGGUGACGGAGACCACUCUGGUCCCCUUCCUUCCUGUAAAUCCAGAAUACUCGUCAACAAGAAACCAGGGUCGACAGAAGCUCGCCAGGUUCAACGCACACGAGUUUGCGACUCUAGUCAUCGAUAUAUUAAGUGACGCCAAGCGCAGACAACAAGGGAAUUCAGUGUGCAGCCCAAAAGACAACGUUGAACUCAUAUUAAAGGGCGUGGCAGUCAGGCACAGCAGCGAUUAUGACAGCGUGGCGUCCGACGAAGAUACAGAUCAAGAGCUCCCUUCAAGCAAAGGAGACAGAACCAAGAGCCUGGACUCUGACCUUUCCGACGGCCCUAUAACUAUGCAUGAAUACAUGGAGGUGAAAAACGCACUCUCUGCCUCUGAAGCUAAGAUCCAGCAGCUGCUGAAAGCCAACGACAAUCUGAACGACGAGCUGAGGCUGAUGCAGAAAAAGCUGCAAUCUCUGCAAAGCGAGAACACCUCUCUCAGGCGGCAGGUCACAACAAAUGUCUAUCAGACCCCCAGCGGUACAGACUACCCUGACCCGUCCAGCCCCUCAGCCCUGAAACGCCGGCAGUCUGCGCGGGCCAGUCGGCCCAUGUCUAUGUAUGAGACCGGCUCAGGCCUGAAGCCCUAUCUUUCCAAAGGGGAAACUCCUUACCCAGAGGAGGGUCUCCCCAGCCUGCAACCCUUUCCAUCUCAUACAGAAAGGGGUGCAUUUGUGACCUCUUCAUCCCUUCCCUCAUUUCCAUCCACCCUGUCUUGGUCCAAGGACGACACUUCUCAAAAGACCUCUAAGCUGGAAAAGCAAAGCAGCGUACCAGAGAGCGACUAUGACAACGCUUUCAAUGACUCUGAGAUGGAGGAUUCUGGCUUCGCCAGGAGGGGGAGGCUGAGGAGCGGCGGCUGGCUGGGAGAGGGCAGCUCCAUCCCCGAGCUGGAUGACCUGGAGAUGGAGGCGGACCCCACGCUUCCGAGCACGGAGGACGUCAUCCGCAAAACGGAGCAGAUCACCAAGAACAUUCAGGAGCUCCUUCGAGCGGCUCAGGACAACAAACAGGACAGACCGAGCGAGCGCGAGGGGGUCCGACGACUCCGUCACAGCCUGGGAUGCUUCAGCACUCUGGUGCCGUGGGCCGAGAAGGCCCCCUCUCCCCUUCAGCCCCUCAGCCUGCGGUCCCCUGACCCCACCUCCUGCUUUCUCCCCUGCUCAGAAAGGAUCCAUGUGGCUGUAACAGAAAUGGCUGCCCUCUUCCCAAAGAAGCCACGUUCAGAGACGGUGAGAGGCUCUCUGCGCCUGCUGACCGCCAGCGCCUGCCGGCUGCAGAACGAAUGCCGGAAGGCUGUGCCUUUGGACGGCUGCUCGGGGCCGGACGUGCAGCUCGUCACCCAGCAGGUCAUCCAGUGUGCUUACGACAUCGCCAAAGCCGCCAAGCAGCUCGUCACCAUCACAACCAAGGAGAACACUAACUAAACUGCACUUAACAUGCUCCAAAGCCAACAUCUCAGUAUUGUUCCUAUAUUUUCAGUGAUUGUUUUUUUUUAAAAAAAAACAUUAUUUUUAAUGUAUUGUGGUAUAUGCAUGUGUGUUUUUUUUUCUAUUUAUAAACAACAGUGGCUAUAUCUAAAGGCAAGAGUGUCAGGGGGGAGUAAAAUUAAAUGCAAUGUUGCUAUAUCUAGGUAUUGUAGUAGCACAAUUUCUCUUAAGGUAGCAAUUUCCAGCAAGCACAUGUGUAUUACUCUAUUAGUGAGUAAAACAUGUUUACUCAGCUCAAAGUAGCUUAAAAAAGAAGAAGAUGAAAGCACAUUAGACUGCAUGCUGAAAGAGAUCAACAAUAGCUGUCCAAAACCACGUUUGUUGCUAUAUUCAGGGUUCCUACACAUUUCUAUAACUCUGUACUUUUCCAGAUUAAGAUUUCUUGGUCUGAUUUUAACUGUAUACAUUUUUUAAAGUUCAACAUAAAAUUACAGAAGAUAUAAUUCUACUGUGAAAAAUACAAAACAUUUUUUGUCUCAGACUCAUUGCUGGUACAGCUAAGUAGUGAUAAAAAAAAAUAAAAAAUCACGUUGUUAAACGUUAUGCUUCGAAACAAGACCCACAAAAAAAAGAAGGUUAUGGCGGAUAAGCAGAAAUCAAUAUUCAACAGUAUUUACUGCCAUACAGCUCACGCGUGUUUUCUUCAAAGAUGAUCUUUGUAGCCAAAGUGCUGUGACUCAGCCAUUAAUCAUAGUCUGCUUAAAAUGGUGUUUCUGUCAAGAAAGCCGUAUUCUGUGAUCACAUUAAGAGAUUUUCAGACUGGACAUCCAUAUAUAUUAGUGCCUUGCUUCUAUUGGGCAUAUCUCAUAUGGUUUUAUUUAUUUCAGAAAAGUGUGUUUUAAAUUACUGAUCUGCUGUGAAAACCCAUGGAUAUAAUCUGAUUUCAUCAUGUUUCCUUUUUUGAAGAUGUCCCAGGUGUUAUGGUUCUAAAAUAUGCAUUUUUAAAUAUGGAAAACACAGACUUUAAAGAAACCAAACUUCUUUGUUGUUUUUUUCCUGAUACAUUUAUGGUGUCAAACUUCCAGCAAGCACUCCAGUUCCUAAUGUCCAUCUACCGAACGUCAACGUGGAGAUGAAAGCGGUUUCCAAAACAGCCAAGACUAAAAUGAUAAACUCAAGACUUGAUGUGGGAUGUGAAGAAAAACCCGACAUUAUUGUGACUUGAGUCCCAUGGCUGAAGCAUAAUCAGACAUUUUAAUGGAAAAACAAA